AGGGUUCAGACAGGGCUCAGGCUCCAGGGUUCAGACUCAUGCAGCAGCCGUGCGGGGCGGGGAGAAGACUACAGAUGAAGGACGCGCUGGUCACUCUGCAGCAGAAUGUAGGAGCUCUGCUUAUCUGUGUCCUGCUCUGGACAGGAACCAGCGUAGCCAUGGAGACGCAACAGGGCACGGACCUCCCCUCUGCCAGGAAACAGGAAAUAACACCCCCCUCCUCCGGGACCCCGUUGUACGACCCCAAACACUCUGCACCCCUCCUUGUCCCUCACCCGAAACAACCGCCCACGGCGUGCUAUGACAUCAUGGACAGCAGCGAAUCGGAAUGCAUGAAGACUCAGAUGGGCGUGCAGUACAUGGUCACCGUGAACAAGAGCAUGCUGUAUUUCAAUAUUCACCCCUCCUCCACAAGGGUAACGGGAGUCUGUGGACAGACCACCUCCAUCCUGGCCCUAAACUUCACUGGGGGCCAUCUUGAGUUCACCUUCCGCAAGGAAGACAACACGUCAUACGUGACCUCAGUGAAAGCCGGUCUGGAGGGGUCUGUCUGCAAGGGCUGCGAGCAUCUGCUCUUCAAAGGUGUGAAGACCAAUAUGAAGUUGUUCGAGGCCCAUGCUGGUUUUUGCUACAAGUGUGACACCCAGACAACACUUCCGCUAGCUGCAAACCUCAGCGUCAAGAUUAUACACGCUCAAAUUCAAGCACUGGGAAUAACCGACAAUAAAUUUGGAUUGGAGGAGGAGUGCUGGCCUGACUACUACAGACGGGUCAUGCCCGUGGUGUUGGGGGGCGUGGCCAUAGGAGUUUGCCUCGUCGCCUUCCUCACCUACCUGCUGAUCCGCGAGCGCCGUCCCCAUGGCUACCAGAGAAUUUAACGCACCGGCGCAGUACCGCCCCCCCACCACAGGGGGCAGCAGCUACACUGCGGCUGGUUUUUCUUCUCACAUCAAAAUCAGCCACAAAUUAAUUCACACCCAAGAAACCAGGGGGGGUACUUCACAAAGCAGGAUUACUGAGUCAGCUGGAUAGCUGCGCUGAGUUCAGCCUGGAACAGCUGUUUUUGCUUCAGUCCAGGUUCCAGAUUUGGAAGGGUUCCAGGUUUUAACUGAUCCAGUUAACUCUGCGAUCCUGCUUCACGAGACAGGCCCCUGGUUUCUUGUUUUUCUUGCUCUGAAUCAGACGCUGGUCUCGAGGUAAAAACAUAAAAUAGCUGCAGCUCUGCUGGAGCAGGUUUGAGGAUCACGGCUACAAUAACACCUGCACCUGUCCUGGCUGUGUGGGCUGAGGCCUCCACCUGUCCCGUCUGUGUGGGCUGAGACCUCCACCUGUCCUGUCUGUGUGUACAAAGCCUUCACACAGCCUGACGUGACCUUCACCUGCUGCAGGAACUACAGAGGACACAGGCUUCUCUCACGCAGCCAAUCAAAUGAUGAGGUGAACGAACUGCAGUGUCAACAAAAACACUUCACAUUGAGUGUGCUGCUCCAUCAUCAACUUAUAGGUCUUCCGUCCUGGAGGGGGCGCUGUUUCUGCAGGUUUUUGUCAUUUCCUUUCAGUUAGCAGCCAAAACAAAAAAGCUUUUCCACUUUAAGAGCUUGUGAAAAGAUGUCAGCUCGAACCCUGGAACUCCUAUCACACCAGAGAUACUCCUCCUGUCAAUCAAGCCUGUCUGUCCCAGCUGCGCAUAGAGCACUCUUCAGCUGCGAUGACUGCGCAGCUCGAACUGAAGCCUCGCAGAGCACCAGGGCAUUUUAAUGGGCUAAAACCGAUGUGGAAAAUAUAUAUACAAAGCAAAUGAAUGUAUGAUAAAAAGAGAAAGACAAAUAAAGGCCAGUCCAUUCAACAUUUUAAUAAAUCUAUGAAUUGGA